AGCUGCCUCUGCUCCGCUCCCUUCCCAGGCUACCGCUUAUGUUCUUUAUCCCAUCCCUGCGCAGUCUCCACUUUCAAUGACACAAACCCUCUCCUUCCGCCCUCCCCUGGCAUAAACGUGUUUUCAAGCCUUUUCAAAUAUUUUUUUGAACCUUCCGCUUUACUCCCGGAUGAUUAUUUCUGUUCUACUGUUGUUUUUCUUCCCUCCUCUUGCAGCCUGUCCAGCAAGAUGGGUUUCCAGGCUUGGCUGCCCCUGCCGUUGCCAAAGCAGCUGGUGGUGUUCGGGCUGGGAGACUGGAGCUGCUACUCUCCGGACACAAGCGUCGCGGUGGACGUGGUGGUGUCCCCAGGCAUGGCGCCGCAGCGGGUCGGCACGCUGGAGCCCACCCGCAGGUCUCUGGUGUGGGAAGGUGACUGGAGGACAGAUAUUUUCAUGACCUCGUUGAAAGAGAUGGACAAAGGCAGCUCCGUGAAGCUUGUCCUGACUGUCAAUGGACAGCUGCUCCGAGGUGUCUCCAGCAGCACGCCCACCCACCCCUUCCUUGUCCCAGAGACCACCCAGUCACCAGUGCUCUCAUCAGAUGAUAUGCCCCUUGGCCAGGGCCUGGAGGAUCCUACUGUGGUUAAGAGUCAGAGCUCAGAAGAGGUGACUGCUAGAGCAUCCAGGCCUGAGAGGAAGGAUGUCCGCCCACCGCUGAGGACCCUGCCGGUACCCUGUGCCCUGAAGUCACCAUCUGGCAAGGUGGAAGCCAGUGAGGCCUGGAGGAAGAGUCCUGUCCACCCCAAGAAGCCCAGGAAAGUUUUAUUUGAACCCACAGCGUCUGAGAAAGAUCUAGAUGAAGAAGAUCUGGCAGUGAAGGAGUUGCAAGGCAGUCCCAGCCCACGGUGGUGCCACACCAUGUGCCUCAGUGACCUGGGGACAGCUGUUCUAAUUGGCGGUGAAGGUGUCAAUCAGCAGUCCUGCAAGGAUGCAUUCUGGAAGCUGGAAAUUGACAGUGAUUUCUGGCUUCCUGUGGGUUUCCAGCUACAAAAUACCAUGCCAUCAUGCUUGCAUGGUCACACAGCUACCUACGACCCAGACACCAAGCGUAUCUACAUCUUUGGGGGUAUAAGGGAGGACAAAAACUACAGUGGCAUCUACAUUCUGGACACAGUCACCUGGAAAUGGCUCCUCGUGGCUGCUAAAGGGAGGAUGCCAGUGCUCACCUACCACAGCGCAACUAUCUACCGCAAGGAGCUCUUUGUUUUUGGAGGGACUUGGCCCAAAAAGGCAUCAUUGGCAGUUGGGCCCUGCAGCAAUAUGCUCUAUGUCUUCAAUCCAGAGCAUGAAAUUUGGUACCAGCCCAUCUCAGAAGGGGAGAAACCUCUGCCUAGGUUUGGGCAUUCAGCUACUCUACUGAAGAACAAGCUGCUGAUUUUUGGGGGUCGGAGGACUUCUCUCUACCUCAGUGACAUGCACAUCCUGGAUCUGGAUCCCAUGGCAUGCCAAGGAUCUCUCUGUGCCUCCACCCUCCAAAAAUGCAUAGAAAUUAUACCAGAGACUAUCAGCAAGGCAGAAGGUGGCAGGGAUUUGCUUACUGACACACAAUCUAUUAACAGAAAACCAGAGAGACGCUAAGGAUUUCUGUGCUCCAGUCCUCUUUGUAAACUUGAUGCUUCUCUUACAGUUUAGAUUGGUUCAAAUAACUUUAAGUGAGGUACGCAUUUAAAUUACCCUAGUCAAAGUUUACUGGAGAAAUGGCUUAUAAGCAAGGAGGGAAGUGAUGGCAGUAUUGGCAAAACUUUUGUGGACAAAGUAUUUACUGAUUUUCUUAAAUUCUCUGCUUCUGGAAUCAGGACAUUAGAAAUCUCAGCUGUGCUUUUUUUCAAAUGUCUAGCUUGCUGGGUUGCAGGGAAAGAAACAAACUAUGGCUUCAAAAGGGAAACACACAGCAUUUAUGACAUACUAUUUGUACUUGCCUUUCCUGGGGACCUUGCUGAUGAUUUUUUGGCUCAGAAAUUCAUGUCCUUCACCACAUCUGGUUUGGACUCUGGCCUCUCAGCUGGCAGAGACAUUUCUCCUGAUCCUCUUUAUAACUCUGU